AUGCUUUUCAUCAGAUCCUUAGCCGCUUUAGCUCUUUUAUCACUUGCAAAUGCAGGUCCAGUUCCAGCUCCAAAAGCUGAAGAUUCCAACACUUUCAGUUAUGAUGUUGUCAAUGUCGAUGGGUCAAAUGCUAGACCAACUUUAUAUGUUCGUGAUGAUGGUGAAGAAAGUGCCAAUGUCGUUACAGGUACAACCACUGUUCAAAAUCCAACUACAACAUUCACUUAUGAAUACACCACCACUACAACUACAACCAUUCCAGGUAAACAUAGAACUGUUUGGUUAACUCAAACUAGAGGUCAAGGUCCACCAACAACUCCAACUGAUACCGCAACUCAAGAUGCUCAAGGUUCCCAAGAUGCUGCUUCAAGUACUUUACAAAACACUGUUAUUGAUGGUACAACUUAUUUGGUAUCAGCUUAUGUUAGUACAAUUAGACCAGAUUCAACCCAAACUUAUGAAUCCCAAUAUACUUCAGAAGUUGCAUCAACUGGUGUUUCAACUAUUUCAACAUCUGCACCAUCUCCAACUCAACAAGAACAAGGUGAUCAAAGUUCUUCUGCUGCUUCAUCAUCAAUUACUGCUGCUCCAGAUGCUGCUGCUUCAUCAGCCGCUCCAGAAGGUUCAUCAAGUUCUGAAACAGCAUACACUACAGUUUCAAGUGAUGGUGUUUGUGAAGUUUACUGGGAUGAUAUUGAUUAUGUUAGUGGAGAUGAUGCUUCAAGUGCCACCACAACCGUCACAAGUACUAUUUAUACUACACAAACUCUUAAUUAA